AUGCGCAGACCUGCGGCGCUACUAAUUAUUGCUGGGGUGCUUUUGGCGCUUCUCAUUGCUCCCUCCGGCGCAUUUUCUGCUCAUGCUCAGGAGUCCCUGAGCAUUGCGGGAAGCGUUUCGGUGCCGGCAAAUGCAAGCCAGUACGUGGAUGUGCAGGUGAUAGAUGGAUCCAGUGGGGCCGUCUUUCGCUAUCAGCAGUUGGACGCCACGCACAGCUUUGCUUUCGCCGGCAUUCCACUGACGGCCACUGAGGUUCGUCUUUUUCUGCGGCUUCCGGAGCGGCGAUUUCGUCUAGAUUCUGCCGCGUCUUCCCUCUCAGUCCGCAUCCCAAAGGCCGCUAGCGGCGCUGACCCUGCGUGGCUGCACCUGACUGCAGCAGUGGAGGAAGUUAGUAGUGCCGCGCCAGAGGGGCUCCCGCAGGGAGGGAGCGUGCUGACUGCCGUCACCACGGUAGUAGGAUUGGCCGUCGUGGCUCUGGGGCGGCACCGGCUGCUGUCGCUGCUUCAACUGCCAAACCUAAAGGUGCCAAAGCCACGCAAGUUAAUUAUGACGUCAAGCAGGUAA